AUGGCAGACGUCCCCCAGCCACAGGCAUCUCGACCAAGGCAGCGAUAUCGCCGCCGUGGAGGCCAAUCUGCCCAGGUUGACGAUAAGUCGUCCAAGAACCCUUCCACCAACAGACAAUCUGCCACGAAUAACUCACAAGCACCUCAUAACAAACCUCCUCCUGGUGCUGCCGGUGCGCGCCCAGGUAGACGACGCGGGCCAAGAAACGGCAACGUUCCUGUGCAAAGCCAACCUCCAGGACCGAGCAACAACGGCAUUGACCACCCGCAAGCUCCUGAGGCUACUUCUGGGCCUCGUGCAUUCCCAAUCGUCAUGGGUGCCAUACUACCAGGCUCUAAUCCGCCAGUUCCUGCUCAGGUACAGCAGCACUAUCCCAUUGUCAUGGGUGCGAUCACUCGAGUCUCUGCGCAACCUCCGGCUGACAGAGAUGACGAUUUGUCCAAGCCUAUGCAGAACCUGGACGUUCAACAGUCGGGUGAUGACGCCCAAUCCAAGAGCAUGACACCUGGACAACGAUGCGAGCACGACAUUGUCCUCGUACCAUGGAAGCUCGUCACGAACUAUCCGACGCUGUACGUCCCUGAUGUUGACCGCGAGGAAGUGCGAGCAUAUUUCACGACCAAUCUGCAGAGAAACCGGGCGUGGGACUUCUAUUUCAUGCUACAACCUGGCUCCACGAGCCGGGACACUCUGCUGCUUGUGCCUCUUCCACAACUGCAGAGCUUUCUCGGUGCUGCAUCUACCGAGCUAGGCUCAUUCCGCAUACUUUCGCAAAUCAGACAGGACAGGAUGCUCGACACAGCCACAAUGUCGCCGGACUGGCCGCGCCCUCGCUUUUUAGGCAGAGUCAAGAACGCUCAAGCCUUGAAACCUGCCAUCAAACUGGUACAAGAAUACCCUGCUGACAACUAUGAUCACCUCACUAUAGAAGCCUACAAGGCGUACAAGUGGAAGAUGGAGAUCUUGCACAACGCCGGAAAAGGAUCUUCUGGCAAGGAGAACCUUGCCAUGCUGAGAAUGGAGAAGCUCGAAAAGCAGAAGCGCAACGGCAGGGUUGUGAAGCGUGUGCAGAGAUACCUAGGCCUUCGCGGCAGUCAUUCACACGUAGAUGGAUCUGGUGCCUCAACCACUGCGUGGACGCCUGACAUGGUUGCCCCGUUCCAUCCAAAGGACAAUGUCCGGUUUGUCUGCAUAGAUGUGGAAGCAUUCGAGUUUAACACCAAACUCCUCACCGAGUUUGGCUUUGCCGUUCUGGAUACCGAGGAUAUUUCCGGAAUCGCUCCAGGUGAAAACGGCUCAAACUGGAUAUCUGCUGUUAAAGGACACCACUUUAUCAUCAACGAAUACUCUCACCUGAAGAACAAGAGAUUCGUCAAGGGAUGUCCCGAGAAGUUCAACUUUGGACGCUCCGGCUUCGCCUGGCUUCGGGAUAUGCCAAAGAUCGCAGCCCGGAUCUUUGGCGAUCCCGACGCCUCCAAUGUGCGACCACUUGUCCUUGUUGGCCACGACAUCGUCGGUGAUCUCAGAUAUCUUCGCCAAAUUGGCUAUAAUGUCUGGAACACCGGCCACGUCAUCGACGAGGUCGACACCCAGGUCAUGUUUCGACGGCUCCAGAGAAGUCCCAACGGCCGCUCGCUUAUUACUGCAUGCGAGGCAGUAAAUAUUGAGACCAAGGAUCUACACAACGCCGGCAAUGAUGCAUGGUACACUCUGGCUGCCAUGAUCGCCAUGGCGGUUAAGCAGAGGGCUCAGCCAUGUCAGUCUCUAAAGCCCUGGCAGAUGGUUGAAGAAGCCGAAUGGAGCGAUGGGGAAUUGGACGAUGGAGGUAUUGGCCAAAGAUCAGCUGAACCGGUCGAGAAGGCCCAGGAGCCAGCCAACCAAGACAAUCAGAGACCACAGAAGAAGAAGAGUCCAUGGUGA